AUGGGUAUUGAGCCACGGGCGCUACGUAGCGCAGAGGAUGUGGAAUCUGGUUAUAUGAAGGCUCUAGCCAAUACCCUUUCAUUAGAGAAAGAAAUUGAAAACUAUUACCUGCGUGAAGAAGCGCUUAUCCGGGAGCGAGUUAUGCUUCUUGAUCAGAUACAGAGUAAUAUAUCAGAAGAACGGCGUUGCCUUGAAAUAGAUCACCAAGAAUGCCGUUCACAGAUUAGUGCUGCUCGUAAAAAUCAUCUUACAUUACAGUGUGACGAGACAAAGUUCAUGCAAUUAUUUAAUCGUGCCAGCAGUAAGCUUGACAAGGAGGAGAGAAACAUUGAUGAACGACUCGCAUGGGCAAAUGAACGAAUAUUAGAAGAAGAAAAAGAUUUAAAUGCCCUUUCAGAACGUCUUAACCGUUCUGAAAAAGAUGAACGCUUACUAGAACGUCGGGAACUCCAGCAGUUUAAUGCGGAUCAAGAACUAGAAAAGGCUUUAAUGGAGUUAAAAUCACUUGAAAACGAUAUUGAAGAUAGAAAAAGAUCGUUGGAGAAGAAACAUGAGAGUAUUGCACAGUGGAAUCGAUCAUUGGAGAGUCGUGAAAAGGAACUUGCCCGCUGCCAGGAUGAAUUUAGAGAAGAUUUACGUCGUCUCGAAGAGGAUGAAAAACGAUUUGGCAUUUAUCAUGGAAAUAGUAAAGUAGUACCCAUGGUAUCACAACGGGAAGUAAUGGACGACCACAACAUGACAAUUGAGAAGGAGAGUCAGUGCGAAGAGAUUGACUUGGAAGAUGAGGAAGAUCACACAUUGUAA